GGAGCUCACGAUUUACAAUUUCAAUUUGGGGCUCUACGGCGUGAUGCGGAUCACCUUUGAGCUGGCACCUGCCGGAGACUGGAUCCAGAAUUUUGACAUUGAUGUGCUCUUGCAGAGGCACUUGCAACCACUUGGUGCUGGUUCCACAGAGGACUGGCUUUUUCUAAUCUUGGAAGCAGGCUUAGUGCUGUUUGUGCUACGGUAUGUUUUGGAGGAAGCAGCUGAAUUCGUGGGCUUCCAGUCCAAAAACGGCAAGAUUUCAGUCACCAUCAAGUGGGACUACUUCUUGGAUGCAUGGAACGUGUUGGACUGGUUUAAUUUGAUCAUGAUGAUCAUUACAGUUUGCUACAAAGUCGAUACGUGGUCGAAAGCUGGUGGACUCUAUGUGAUCUCGCCGAGCAAUUGGGAUAGUGUGACCAAAGACAUGUACUCAAACUUCCAUGGGGUGGCAUCCAACGUCAGACAGAUACAGAGUUUGAUCUCGUUCAACACCAUCCUUACCUGGUUCAAGGCGGUCAAGUACAUCAACAUCAUUCCCUAUGUGACGACCUUCAUGCAGACGGUGGUGAUUUCACAGCAGAGCCUGAGCUGAACAGCUACGAACACACGCGUCCAGUGCCGCAGUGUUUGACAACUCGAUUUGCCACACAUUGCCACACUUGCGCCAGUGUUUUGAGCGACACUGCGCAGACCCCACCCUGAGCGCAACAAUCGCCAGAGGUGAUGCGUGGUUUGGAUGCUUUCGAACUGUUUGUUGUGCCAAGGUCUGCAGCAUGUUCAAAAUAAACACAAAGAGACAAGGAGUA